AUGCUGCAGCACUACCAGAAUCAGAGAGGAGGAAACCCAAACAAUAACGGGCCUCCGUCUACACCCCCUACCCAAUAUAAUAACAACAGCAACAACAGUAAUAAUAUCAGCAAUAAUACCAACAAUAACAAUAACAAUACUAGCAAUCUAUCUGCCAAUUAUUCUCCGGCCCCGCACGAUUCACCGUCCAUACGGCCGUCGUAUCUGUCCUCUCCCAAUAGGCAUAGCAACAGCUACAACAACAACAAUCAGGAUGGCAUGAAUGGAUACCACAGUCAACUGUCGCCCAAUCUCGGGAGUACGAAUUAUACCAGCCCUGAUUACCGUGGAUCCAAUUCCAAUCCGUAUAGUAAUAGCAAUAAUGACGAGUACAGAGGAGGCAAGGGUAAUGUAGGGGCAUGGACGUGCUUGGAUAUAAGUAACGUACAAGUACUCACCUUAAGUAGAUCGCUCUGGAAUUACACGUUUCUCACCAAGCUGAUGCUGGCUAAUAAUAGGUUGACCACAAUCGCGCCUGAGAUCAGUGAACUAAAGAACCUCACGUACUUAGAUAUAAGCAAUAACCAGUUGAUCGAGAUCCCCUCAGAGGUCGGCUCACUCUUCCGCCUGGAAGAGCUGUUGCUAAGCAACAACCAAAUCUCCAUCCUCCCCGCGAGCUUUAGUCAGUUAAUUGCAUUACGUCGGUUGGAAAUGAAGGAGAACCCCAUGGAAGAACCGUUCCUAUCUCUAGUACAGCAAGGUGCACAAGCACUUACAUCGUUCUUAUUAGACAAUUCCUCCAUGCCUGCGCCUCCCUCGGAACGGCCUUGGCUGGUCAAUGAGGAUGUGGUCAAGUUAGUGACUGACCAAACGCCGACAUUCUCGGUCAUGUGCUAUAAUGUCCUGUGCGACCCCUAUGCAACGCUGGCUGUGUUUGUAAUUGGUCUGUUGAUGCAAUCGCAAUGA